AUGAAGGAAUACGCAGCUUUCCUUCUCAUCAUUUCCUUGGUAGUGCCAACAGCAGAAGCGAUAUGCCCCCUGGAAGCGAAGCGAAGCAAGACAUGGUUCGGCGUUUGUGCCAAAUCCAAGAGCUGUGACAACCAAUGCAGGACAUGGGAACGGGCAAAGCACGGUGCUUGCAACGCAACUUGGCGCCAUGUUUUAGGUGUACGUGAAGGUCCCUUCAGGGAUUGCAUGCUUCUGCUACUUUUGUAA